AUCUCUAUUUGCAAGAUUGCCAGUCCGCCCCUCCAACCACCGUAGCGGGACGCUUCUUCCUAACUUUGGACGACCAGUGCAUAACAUGAAGAACCAACUGUUUCAGUCCACCUUUGAGGUGAAAGACAUGGACCCCUUUGGGAAAAAAUUUGACAGAGUCUCUCGAAUUAGAGCUGAGGGCCAAACACUGGACGUUGAAGUGCUCCUUGACGUAAAUACGGAAAUCUACCCCCUCGAGGUCGGAGACAAGUUUGCCUUUUUGCUGGCAACAACGCUGUCAUUGGAUGGCUUGGCUGGGGAUGCACAAAACAAGGAGGCAUGGAGAGAUCGGAGUGGAGAACGAACGCUGGCGGACGAUUACGAUUAUGUGAUGUACGGGAAGGUGUACAAAUUCGAUGAUUCGGGAUCUGGCAAAGUGUCCGUGUAUGCGUCUUUUGGUGGGCUACUUUUGUGCAUCACCGGAGAUCAGCGACAAAUGCAGGAUUUCGAUGUUGGCAUGAACCUCUACCUCUUGAUGAAGAAAUGAACUUCCUUUCGCUCUUACAUAUCCAGAAAUACGAGAGGACCAUUGGCUGCAGAGCAUUAUACUUAUUCUGUAUAUAAGACUACUACUCAUAGAUACAAUGUGUGUUGCAAGACCCGUCGAUAUAAGCCCCGAUAUUAUCAAAUACUUCAUCGUGAUGCCUCCGAUGACGCCCCA